AUGUCCAAUGGGCAUGCAUGUGGUGUCUCCCCGGAUGGCCGUUUUGCGUGUGGAUGGAUCCAUCUGCAUCCUGAUAAAAGAGCAAAUGGUGAAGCUCUACAAACCACACCUGAAUCGAGAAUUCUCCUGCAGUACACCAAACCAUUCAAUAAAUACUCCAACAGCUCCGCCGUUUAUUUUAUCUCCGCGCCCCAAGUAGCCGAACCCCUUUCUCAUACCGGAUCUCGUCUCUUGUUGGCAGAUCUGUCCAGUGUCGCACAGGCCAUUUAA